AAAAAUAAAAAAAAAUAAAAAAUAAAAAAUAAAAAAUAAAUAAAACCUUUGGGCUUAGGACUAAAGGUUAAGGGUCUAAUAGGAAUAAUACAUAGUUACAUACAGCUAUUAGUAAAUUGUCCAUCUAAAAUUCACAAACCCAACAAAAAUCUCUGCCCCUCUCUCCCUCUAUGAGAUAUGACUCUCUUCCUCUCUAAAACGGACCGUCACAGAAAACGCCGUUACUUGGCAAAACGCCGUUAGUCACGUGACCAGUCUUCAAUACAGUGUAUGGCGCUAGAACAAUUGUCUCUCACUCCGGCACCCGUUGACGGCGGUGUUGAGACCGUCCCUAACGGCGGUGACGGACGCCAACUGUUAGACGGCGGCGAUGAUGGGAGCAGAGCGCCCAGGCUGCCCCGAUGGACGAGACAAGAGAUUCUCGUUCUCAUACAAGGGAAGAAAGUGGCGGAGAACCGGGUUCGGAGGGGUCGGACCGCCGGUUUGGCGUUUGGGUCCGGUCAGGUGGAGCCUAAGUGGGCUUCGGUUUCUUCUUACUGUAAACGGCACGGGGUGAACCGGGGUCCGGUUCAGUGCCGGAAGAGGUGGAGCAAUUUGGCCGGAGACUAUAAGAAGAUCAAAGAGUGGGAGUCACAGAUAAGGGAACAAACGGAGUCGUUUUGGGUCAUGAGGAACGACAUGAGGAGAGAGAGGAAGUUGCCGGGUUUUUUUGACAGAGAGGUGUAUGACAUACUGGACGGUGGGCCAGCGUCGUCGAUUACUCCAACGGCGUUGGAUUUGGCUCUGGCUCCGUCGUCCACGGCGCCGCCGGAGGAAGAGGACGUUGAGGCCGAGGCCGUGUUCGAUAGUGGCCGAAGCGCCGCCGCCGAGGAUGGGUUGUUUUCGGAUUUUGAACAGUCGGGUCAAGAGGAGGUGGGUGGGAGUCCUGAGAAGGAAUUGCCGCCGCCAAAGGAUAUUCCGACGACGGCUAUGCCUACUCCUAUUCCAAUUUCAGAGAAAGAGUACCAACCAUUUUCUAAAGGCAGUGCAGCUCAAGGUGCAACAUAUGAGAAACAACCAACUUCAAUCCCCGAGGUAGGAGCUACUUCUCAGGAAGGACGCAAACGAAAAUGGUUUGCUAGGGACGGGGAUGAGGAGACAGCCAACCUGCAGUAUCAGUUGGUUGACGCAUUAGAAAAAAAUGGAAGGGUGCUGAGUGCCCAGCUAGAAGCUCAGAACAUCAAUUUUCAAUUGGAUAGAGAGCAGCGAAAAGACCAUGUGAAUAGCAUAGUUGCUGUUCUCAAUAAACUCGCGGAUGCUUUGGGCAGAAUCGCUGAUAAGUUGUAGCAGCGAGCCGUCAGAACAGUGUACAUACUAAAAUUCUCCCGGAGCUCCACGGAUUUGUAGAGGUUGGUGAAGGAUAUAGUUAAUUAAAAUUUGAAAAUUAUCUUGGGAUCACAUUCAGAUGGAUGAUCACAUUUUUUUCCCCUCUUUUUUUUCUUCUUUUCUUUAUACCUUUUUUUUAUGGCUUAUUGCCAUUAUAGGUCGUCAAUACACAUAAUAAAAUAUGGGAAUCUGAGAGUUACCAGCUGUUGUGCUGCUUCUUUUAUCUGAUUCAGGUUAAUGUAUAAGUUGUCAUCUCACUGAUGAUUCAGUGAUUGUACAGAUUACUGUGGUAAUAUGCAAAUCCAUACCUAUUAUUUGCUUA